GGGGAGACGACGACGGCAAACCCCAGUGUUCCCACUUCCCAACCACCAACAUUUCCCCUUCCAGCAUUUUCUUUCCAACGAAAAUCUCGCCGCUCUCGCGGAGGCGGAGGAGGGCACCACCGCGCUUGCUUGCUUUGCUUGCUCCCCCAGUCCCCAUCCAGGGGCGCAUCGCCGACCAGGGCAACAGCCAUGGACGCGGCAGCGGGGAGGCGGACGCUGGCGCUGGUGAACCUCGCGGCCAUCAUGGAGCGCGCCGACGAGGCGCUGCUGCCCGCGGUGUACCAGGAGGUGGGGGCCGCGCUGCACGCCACGCCCAUGGGGCUCGGCACGCUCACGCUCUACCGCUCCGCCGUGCAGGGCGCGUGCUACCCGCUCGCCGCCUACGCCGCCGUGCGCUACAACCGCGCCCACGUCGUCGCCGUGGGGGCCGUCCUCUGGGCCGCCGCCACCUUCCUCGUCGGCGUCUCCGAUACCUUCGCCCAGGUAGCAGUAGCUAGAGGUUUGAAUGGUAUUGGCCUUGCGCUUGUCACCCCUUCAAUCCAGUCUCUAGUGGCAGAUUGCUCUGAUGACAAUACCCGUGGCGCCGCAUUUGGAUGGCUUCAACUCACAGGCAACAUGGGUUCAAUUAUUGGCGGUAUGUUUUCCCUGAUGUUAGCAUCAACCACAGUCAUGGGUAUUGCGGGUUGGCGCGCUGCAUUUCACAUUGUUGGCCUCAUCAGUGUGGUAGUCGGUGCACUGGUAGGCCUAUUUGCAGUGGAUCCCCAUUUCGUCCAUGUUGGAAAUGGCGAGCAACUCUUGCGCAAGUCUGCUUGGGAAGAGAUGAAGGAUUUAGUGAGAGAAGCCAAAGCUGUAGUCCAAAUCUCGUCAUUUCAGAUCAUUGUGGCCCAGGGCGUCACAGGUUCAUUUCCAUGGUCUGCCCUAUCCUUUGCCCCAAUGUGGUUGGAGCUGAUGGGCUUUACACACGACAAAACUGGACUUCUCAUGAUAACAUUUAUAUUGGCAAGCUCACUUGGAGGGAUAUUAGGUGGAAAGAUGGGGGACCACUUUGCUAUUCGCUUCCCGGAUUCUGGCCGAAUAAUCCUGUCACAGAUAAGCUCAGCGUCUGCUAUUCCACUGGCUGCACUAUUGAUGUUAGGGCUACCUGAUGACUCAUCUGGUUUCUUGCAUGGACUUGUCAUGUUUAUUAUGGGCCUGAGCAUCUCCUGGAAUGGUCCUGCUACAAACAACCCCAUAUUCGCAGAGAUCGUUCCUGAGAGGUCAAGGACUAGUAUCUAUGCGUUGGACCGUUCUUUUGAGUCAGUCUUAUCCUCAUUUGCUCCACCUAUUGUUGGUUUCUUAGCCGAGUAUGUCUAUGGCUACAACCCCAUCUCCUAUGGAGCUGGGGCUGGCAGUGUUGGCAGGGAUAAGUCAAACGCCGGUGCCCUUGCCAAAGCUCUCUGCACAGCAAUCGCCAUCCCUAUGCUCCUUUGCUGCUUCAUCUAUUCCCUGCUGUACCGGACAUACCCACGCGACAGGGAGAGGGCAAGAAUGGAUAGUCUUAUUGCAUCAGAGCUGCAGCAGAUUGAGCUGGAAAGAUGUCAUGGAUUAGGAGAUUACGCUGGAAGCAAGGAUGGCACCACUGUGAUCUACAUGGAGUACAGCGAGGAAGAUUUUGAUGCAGAUGACGAUGAGAAAGCAUUAAUGGAUCAGCAGGCUCAGCACAGUGGCAGUGUCAAGUAACCAGGAAUCAUAUGGCAAAUAAAACUCCACGGAGUUUAAACAGAGGUCUGCGAAGUUAGCUCUGGGAUUGCACAGAAAACACCUUGCAUUAGUGCGAGGCAACUCCUAAAAAUGAUCGGAGGGUAUAUGCGGGCUGCUCACGUAGAGCUUCAAUCGGUUGGUGCGUUUUUUGUUGUACGUUUCAAUCGGCCUGUGUCUAUGUACCGAGUAUUUUUCAGGCUUAGGCGGGAGAAUAUAUGAAUAGUUUGAACUUGAGGAAGCUGGGUUGAAGAGUUGGGUAGGAUGAGUAAAGCUUACUUUGAGUUUGUAAGUUAGUGAUUUUAAAUAUAUCGAUGAAACAACCGAAUGAGACUUCCCUUCCCUUCAGGAAGAAGAUUGUUUC